GGAGCGCUGGAACGGCUGUACCGAGGGCGGAAAUGCUCUCGGCGGAAGUGGUGGCUGCGCAAGUUGUGGGUGGAAUGACCGCGGGCCGGCUCCUUCGAAGGCUGUUGCGAGCACCUUCCAGCUCCAUGGCCCAGAGCCCGGUCGGUGGCGUGUGCCCCUUGAGGGGCCUGCACGCGGAGUGCGGGCCUCGAAGGCUCUCCAUCGAAGGAAAUAUUGCCAAAUCAGAAACAUCAAAAAGAUUGAAAAGGGAGAGUCCUGCUCCCUGCCUCAUGGUGUUAAAGAUGUUCUUUGGGAAACAUGCCUCUAAAGGAAGCUCUGUUCUCAGAGCCCAGAGAAGUACCAAAGUACUUCACACAAUAAGUACUUGGACAGGCCAUCAGGCCUUCACUGCCCAAAGUCUUGGAAACUUGCUGGAUAUGAUGUACCAGGAACCAGCACGAUGGUCCUACACAUUCCAGACAUUAUCUUUUAUGAGCCGCCUGAAAGUACAGCUGGAGCCCUUCCCUGAGAAACUGUUACAGGCCGAGAACGCAGUACAGAUCUUUGAGAGGUCCGUGUACAGUGACAGGUAAGACCCUGAGCCCUUCACUGGCCACAAGCCCCAUGCUCAGUGCUGCAUGUUUUCCCUUCUUGCUCCGCUGUGGUUAUUUACUUAUUUUUUUUUUUAAGAUUUUUAUUUGAGAGAGAGCGUGAGA